ACUCAUCUUAAGCUUAGUCGUCGCAGAGGGUCGCCGCAUCAACAACUAUCAACAACGUCCAACCAAGAAUCAAGCAAGUACUUUGAGUAGAAUUUCAAAUUAUUGUACAUUCCAUCCAGAUAAAGAAAACGGGCGAAGGGCUGGCGAAGCACAUCGCCCGCGCUAAGGAGCUUGGUGGAAAGGUGCGAUGAUCCACAUAGUACUUUGGACAGGCACUUGCCAAGAUAUUCAACCACCAGUUAUUGAUGAAGCUUGCAGGAGAGACGCACCCUGGCCUGCCUGAAUUAUCACCAUCCAAAUCUUCCAUCAACUCCAUCACUUCCUUUUUAUCCAAGUUGGGGAGAAGUUCUCAUUUUUCUCAAUUUCGCCACAUACUUCCAAUUCAGCGUCCAUUAUACACAUUCAGCUCCACAAUCGAAAUUGUAUCUUAUCACACCACAGGAGCCAAAAGGACUCAGACAGCGCCACGCAUCAUUGCCUGCUACAGUUAUUGCAGUGUCGUCGCAUUUCAAGUUGCUAAACAGCUCAAGACCAUAGGCAACAAAAUCAAAUUUAUUGCACGCUUGAUGUGCCCAACUUAUUAUGGUCUAUCAGAUCAUAGCCUGUUCGCUUCAGAGCGCUCACGAGGAAGUAAAAGCUCGACAUCGUGGACACUGCUCGAUUUCUCAACGAGUGCUGAAAGAACUACAAUGCGCCAGGUUCUGUUUAAGCAUGGAUUAUUGGUAUAACGACCAGCUGAACCUAUAGUCUAGCUUCAGGCGUGGCGAGCUGUAAGAUAUUGAUGUGCCUGGGCAACACAAUACACUCAGUUUCAUAUUCCGUGGUCGUUUUGAGUCUCGCGGGCGGUAAAUGUUUGGAGGGAGCGUUGUGAUCAUAUUUGUCUUGGGCUGACUUGCAAACAUCUAUUGAAGCGCACAUAG